AUGAACGGGUUCAGCACAGAAGAAGACAGUCACGAUGGACCCCCGGCGCCACCGUUUUAUGGCCAGACUUGUUGUUUGAUUGAGGACGGUGAGCGCUGCGGACGAUCAGCUGGAAACGCUUCCUUCAGCAAGCGGAUCCAGAAAAGCAUAUCGCAAAAAAAACUAAAGCUGGAUAUCGACAAAAGCGUAAGUGGUUAUUGCUAACUAGCUGUACUAACUAUGAGACGAGGUAGCUAGUUAGCCCCCUAGACGUUCCCGCUGACAGUUUGCUAGGCAAGAAUUUGCUAAUCGAGCACGCUUGUUGGCAAAUUCAACCUCACUAAUCUAUUAGUUAUUGUUUUACAAUUGUUCUGCGCCAUAAUCAUGUAUCACGGAACAUUGUGGACUUCUGAUUGCUUAUGGUUUUAUUUGGAACAGCAAACAAGGAGGGUUGCUCCCCCACCUCCAAUCCGAGCCUUGGCUGUUUCACCGAGAAGGGUCCAUCUGCAGACGGCGUUUACUACAUGCCGCGCCCACUACGCAUCUCUUUCUACAUGCUGCGACAACUGUUAGCGAGCCAGGCCACGGGCACAGUGUCCUUCGCCCGAGCCUGAAGAGCACUUCUCUCCCGCAGUUAUUUUAACGUUACGGCGAGGGUAACCACCACGCGAGAGUUGGGUUGUCUCUCUAACUAGCUACUUCACUCGCUGUAACGUUAAUAGAACUGCGGUAAAACGUUGGUGCAUUACCGCCACGUACUGUUCUGGAGUGUGUGUGUCAGAGACAGUGCUUAACAACCCAAUGGCAGUGGGCGUGGCUUGUAGUAAGCGACUCAUAGGGGGCGCUGCAUGUUUAUAACCGCAGUGUGCAUAUAGACAAUUUUGGUUUCACCCUGCAGAACUAGUAGUGCACGACUCCAGUAUUUUUGGAGUCGAAAAGAGUCGGCUCUUGCUCGACUCCCAAAACACGCUGAACCGGAUGCGCACACACAUACACAGCACCUCAUUAUUGCAGACCUACUAGGAAGACUACAUUUGCGUUCUAAAGCACUGACAUGAACAUGAUGCUGCCCAUUUGCUUAAAAAAGGCCUACAUUUUUUGAAUAUAUAAGGGGAUAUGUGUAGGAAUAAUAUUUCAGUGAUUUUUCUGCUGUGUGCAGCCUUGACGGAUCCCAUGGGAUGAUGCGGCGCACUCUAUGCUGAUAAGCCAAUUCUUUGCUAUGUUAUAGCCCUAUUCGGACGGGUAUUAUGAGACGUUGGUUUUGUAAUUAUCCAAGCAUAUGCGUUAUUCCAGACGAUGAUUCACACAGGAUUAGUUUUUCCAAACGGCCUCUUGUAAUUAUUAUAAUUAUUAUAAUGUUUUGAUCGACUCAUGACGGAAGCCUGUAGGUUUUUAUUAUAGGCGUGAAUAUAUUUCGACAUCAUUUCUAGACGAGAAUAGGUUACACUGAUAACUCGUGCUUGGCUGCCAAAUGUAUAGGUCUCCCGAUAAUAUAAAAAUUGAUGAAGUGUGAUCAUAAUCAUUAUUUUAGCAAUCUAUCCAUGGUUGACGUCCUUCCUAAAAACAAUGCCCCACAUCCUGCUGAUUUGAUCUGCUGAACCCUAUUUGCACUUGACUGUGUUUAUGGAUGAGAAAGUGAACAAAAAGUUUAGCAGGGAUGCUGCUUUGCGAUCUAUUGCCUAGGACAGGGCUCUCCAACCCUGUUCGUGGAGAGCUACCAUCCUGUAGGUUUUCUAAUCUUGCGCAUCUGAUUCAAUAAUUAGCUGGUUGAUAAACGGAAUCAGAUUAGUUACAACUGGGGUUGGCGUGAAAACCUACUGGAAUGUAGCUCUCCAAGAUCAUGGUUGGAGAGCCCUGACCUAGGACAUCAACAGCCAGCCAGGGUUUCAUUAAAUAAGCUAUAGGCAAUACUUUUCAUUCAUUUAGGCCUAAUUAAACUGAUGCAUUUGGUGAUGUUCAACUAAAAUUCACUGGCACUAUGAAGAAUAGCUUAGCCAUACUCGUUGAUAGCCUAAUAUACUCUACCGGUCAAAAGUUUUAGAACACCUACUCAUUCAGGGGUUUUUAUUUAUUUUUACUAUUUUCUACAUUGUAGAAUAAUAGUAAAGACAUCAAAACUAUGAAAUAACAUAUGCAAUCAUGUAGUAACCAAAAAUGUGUUAAACAAAUAUGAGAUUCUUCAAAUAGCCACCCUUUACCUUGAUUUCAGUUGAUCAUCCUUCAUGUUUCCACAACUUGUUUGGCGUCCACCUGUGGGAAAUUCAAUUGAUUGGACAUGAUUUGGAAAGGCACAUACCUGUGUAUAGAAGGUCCCACAGUUGACAGUGCAUGUCAGAGCAAAAACCAAGCCAUGAGGUUGAAGGAAUUGUCCGUAGAGCUCCGAGGCAGGAUUGUGUCGAGGAACAGAUCUGGGGAAGGGUACCAAAAAAUGUCUGCAGCAUUGAAGGUCCCCAAGAACACAGUGGCCUCCAUCAUUCUUAAAUGGAAGAAGUUUGGAACCACCUAGGCUCUUCCUAGAGCUAGCCGCCCGGCCAAACUGAGCAAUUGUGUGAGAAGGGCCUUGGUCAGGGAGGUGACCAAGAACCCGAUGGUCACUCUGACAGAGCUCCAGAGUUCCUCUGUGGAGAUGGGAGAACCUUCCAGAUGGACAACCAUCUCUGCAGCACUCCACCAAUCAGGCCUUUAUGGUAGAGUGGCCAGACGGAAGCCACUCCUCAGUUAAAGGCACAUGACAGCCUGCUUGGAGUUUGCCAAAAGGCACCUAAAGACUGUCAGACCAUGAGAAACAAGAUUAUUUGGUCUGAUAAAACCAAGAUUGAACUCUUUGGCCUGAAUGCCAAGCGUCACGUCGGGAGGAAACCUGGCACCAUCCCUAUGGUGGUGGCAGCAUCAUGCUGUGGGGAUUUUUUUCAGAGUCAGGGACUUGAAGACUAGACAGGAUCGAGGGAAAGAUGAACGGAGCAAAGUACAGAGAGAUCCUUGAUGAAAACCUGCUCCAUAGCACUCAGGACCUCAUACUGGGGCGAAGGUUCACCUUCCAACAGGACAACAACCCUAAGCACACAGCCAAGAAAACGCAGGAGUGGCUUCGGGACAAGUCUCAAUGUCCUUGAGUGGCCCAGCCAGAGCCCGGACUUGAACCCGAUCGAACAUCUCUGGAGAGACCUGAAAAUAGCUGUGCAGCGACGCUCCCCAUCCAACCUGACAGAGCUUGACAGGAUCUGCAGAGAAGAAUUGGAGAAACUCCCUAAAAACAGGUGUGCCAAGCUUGUAGCGUCAUACGCAAGAAGACUCGAGGCUGUAAUCACUGCCAAAGGUGCUUCAACAAUGUACUGAGGAAAGGGUCUGAAUACUUUUAUUUGUAAUACAUUUACAAAAAUUUCUAAAAACCUUUUUUUGCUUUGUCAUUAUGGGGUAUUGUGUGUAGACUGAUGAAGGGGAAAAAACAAUUUAAUCCAUUUUAGAAUAAGGCUUUAACGUAACAAAAUGUGAAAAAAGUAGUGUCGAUUAUUUUUUUAUUUUUUUUGUCAAUUAGCAGACGCUCUUAUCCAGAGCGACUUACAGUGCAUCGAUGACAGCAGUUAAUUAUUGUCGGCUCGUGCUUAUAUGGUGUGCGUCUUCACGCAAUGGCAUCAGUUGGAGCAUGUUGCUGAUGUUUUUUGCUUGAGAUGGUAGGGCCUGCUCUCUGUUAUUACAUUUUGUGCUAAUAAUCGGCUCGUAGCAUUGUCACCAGCUUGUUCUAUCCAAACGGUGCCGUCCCUUCCUCUCUCCUGUCUCACCGUUUUAAUUUGGUGGUGACGCGGGCACCUGUCAGUGCACACCUUUCUGGCUUUUUUCCGCUUAUGCCUCAGAUGUGUGGGUUCAGGCUAAGGCUCAGAAUCGGAAGAAUAAUCAUCGGUUGUCAUUAUGAUUAAUUUCUUCCCCACCAUCUGAGUCAUUUUCAUUCAGAUUUUGUAGCAACGGUAAUGCAGCAUGUGCAUCCAUUCGUCUUGGUCUUCUUGCCAUUUGUAAAUUACGCACACACUCACUGUGUACUCCAAGUAGGCCAGAGUAGACUCAUAAGGCUGCUUGGAUUCGGUGGACUGAUAGGGUACAUACCAUUUUGGUUAUAACACCAGUUCUGUUUGUGAUAUUAAGAUUCUAACAACGUAUUUUAUAGACUUAUUUAGGAAUAGUCAAGGACUGAGGGGGACUGUAAAAAUAAGUAAUACAAUGUUUUAAUUCAUGAGCAGCAGUUCUAGUGUGAGUUUUAUAGUAAAGACUUGUAAUUUAACUGUAAAAAUGUAUUUCCUUUUUAAUGUGGCAUGAACACAACCAGUCAUGAUGUUUUAAUCUGAUUGUCAAACAAAUCACUUCAAAAAGUAGGUUACCUUCCCAUGUUCACCCAAAUUAAUUCCAGCAUCCGAACAGUGCACUGUGCACCCGCCAACUUUUCUUCAAUUUGCAAGUGGCUAGAACUAGUAUCUCACCAGAGAAAACAUCAGAGCGCGCAAAACCGCGCUCCUCUGUUUUAUUGUAUGUAGCCCAGCAUCAGAUACAUGGGCUACACAUACUGAGACAGAGGGGCGCUGUUUCGCUCGCUCUGAUGAUUUAUCUGAGAUUGAUGUGUCUUUCUGUCCGCGUGCAUCUCGGUCGAAAAAAUUAUCAAUAUUUUAUUUGGACAGGCGAUAACACUGGCCCUGGUUGAGUGGACGAAAACCUGCUCCUUGUGCAGAGUUUAGGAUUCUUCCUGUGGCUCUCCCAACACAACAUUACCAGAGCUACUACGCCACACUUGGUUAGGCUUUAGGCUAACUCCAAUAUCAAUUAUUCUUCCCUUUGCUCUCCAAAAUUAUGUUUGUCAAGAACACAAGUUAAAUACAUACCAUCAGACGUCACUUCCUGUUGAAUGUGGAAUGAGGAAGAGCUCGUAUUUGUUGUUUUGAAAAGUUUGUUGUUUUGAAAUUGUAUUGGGAAGUUCUUAGUAGCUAGCUAACUUUUUAGUUUGGAUCCCACGACACAGUUGGCAUCAGUUGCUGGGAUUGCUAGUCUCUGUCCAGUGAUCCUGCCGACCAAGGACAGGUCUGAGGAGCUAUUUGGCAUUGCAACUAGCCUAGCUGCUAGCUAGCAGCAUAUCAAGCUAGCAGGGUUUUCUUGAGGGCUUGAACGCAGCCUGCGACGCGGUUAGCCAUUGUGGCUGGGACCGCGGAUUGUCCCGAGUUUGUGGCUGUCUGUUGUUUUCAAUCUUCCCUGUGACCUGCCCUGUCUGGAACUGCGAGGAGUAACAGCGUAACCUACGUUGCUAGCGACCAUGACAAAGACCAAAGCCUGCAGGAGUACCAUUGUCGAGGACAGUGGUGUGUCUCUGUCACACGUGAAGGAUCUUUUAAACGAACAAAAAUAGUUCUACAAGCAGUUGUUACAACAACAAGAAAAUAGCUUGAGGUGCUUUGUCCAAAUACUGGUGGAUUCGUCUAAUAAAAGAAUGAACGCUCAGCUCCCUGCAACCGAGACCAGGUGGGGCGAGGUCAUGGAUAGCCCCGACUCCCUCCUCUCACUGUGUGAUGAUGUAGUGUCAGGGGAAGGCGAGUUAGGGGAUGACGAUGGGAUUAAUCUCACGGAUAUCCUCGAGAUAGCCCCCCACCUCUUGAGCUGAUGACUGUUCCCACGCCCUCUCAGGCCCUCAGGUCUGACUGCCCAAGAGCAGUGAAGCUUCCCCUUGAGCUCCUCCAUGCCUGCACGCGAGCCGCGGCCAGACUCUGCAUUGAGUGGUCGUCUCCCAUAGGGUCUCGGUCCCGUUAAAGGACCUUUACAACGGGAAGAGACUCCCGUCUCAUACAGCCCCGGUAAAACAACUGCUCCCUGCGGUACCAGCUUGCCUCAGGGAAGCUAAGAGCUUGUGGGACAAACCCUUCACUAGCAAGAUUCUUGCUAGAGGCAUCCCCGAGCCUGGACAUGCACAAUAUGGAGGAAUCCGGGUGUCGCAACCCUCCCUCGGUGGAGCAGUCACUGGCUGACCACUUCAGGCCCUCACUCCCUAGAAAGACGGAGCGCUUUACUGCCUCCAUUUUUCAGAAGAUGUACAAGGCCUCUGUAUUGUUGGCUUAUCAGGCUGAGCUACUGGAGGAGGUGGGGGAAGCAACUGGACUCCCUAGACCCAAAUGCGUGGGAGGAGGUCUGUAUGAUUACAGACCUAAACUUCUGUGCCUCAGGCUAGGCACCUUUGGUUCACACAACCGGGCCACUGCCUGCUCUACCUUCCCAUCUUAUAGGAGCGAGAGUCUUAGGAGAUAUCACUUGUUUCCUCCCCGUCAUCUACACUGAUUUGAAGUGAAUAUAGCAAGUGACAUCAAUAAGGGAUCAUAGCAUUCACCUGGUCAGUAUAUGUCAUGGAAAAUGUUUUGUACACUCAGUGUAUAUUCCUCUUAUUUUAGGUUCGACACCUCUACAUAUGCGACUUCCACAAAAACUUCAUCCAGAGUGUCCGUAACAAAAGGAAGAGGAAGACAAGUGACGAUGGAGGGGAGUCUCCGGAUCAUGAUGUGGAAGUGCCAGAGGUAACAGCCGGGAAAACGAGCCCAUUGUCCUCCCUUUAAUCAUGUCUCUAAAGAAUGACACUGCUUCUCCUUGAAGAAAAUAAUAGCAACUUAAAUAGAUAUGAAAAAUAACAUAAGAUGACAUGAUGAAAAGGCCUAAUAGCAUGACAGCUCUAUGCAUUUUUUGUGUGUGAAAUGUAAUUGAUAGAGAACAGUAAAAUGUGCUUAAAGAUAUGCAAUGCUUAAUGGAUAACACCACUCUUUCCUCACAAUGUCUGUUUCUGUGAUGUUAGGUGGACCUGUUCCAGCUUCAGGUGAACACGCUGAGACGCUACAAGAGACACUACAAGCUCCAGACCAGACCUGGCUUGAACAAGGCCCAACUGGCUGAGGUAGGCCAACUAUUAUUUUAGUCAUUUAGCAUUCGAUCUUAUCCAGAGCGACUUAGUAUGCAUUCAACUAAGUUAGGUAGGACAACCACAUAUCACAGUCACUGCAAGCAACUGUUAGUGAAAGAAGUGCUAGUAAGAAAUGCCUUUUGUUAAAAAAAAUAUUUCUACAAGUGCAAGAAAGACAAGUAUGCCUACACAGGGGUUAAAGUUCUCCGUCACUGUGACGGAUUUCCAUCAUAUGGAUUCUGGACAGGUCAUUUUUGAGAUCUGCAAUAAAAAAUAUUUGGAGAUGAUAUAGCCUAAUACCAUGCCAUGUCUGUUUUAUGAAAUAUAUUCCCAAAUAAGUGUAUUCUCAAAUAUUUUAUUUUCUGUUACGCUGUGUUCCCAGAACUGACAUGAUUGAUUGUUGCUGACGCUCCGAUGUUAAAAUGAAGGGAAUUAAAUAGUAUAUAAUACGCAGCACCGCAGCGCUUAACUCAGCGUUGUGUAGCUGCUGGCAAAGUAAUUCAAAGCCUAUACUUUAUCACUCAGGAUGCAACUUUCCAGUGCUACUAUUUUUGCCAUGUAAUGUUAUUAAAACAAACUCAGACAACCCCAUAGUAGAAUAGUUUACCUAUUUACCUAGUCAACUUGUGUGUUCUAUGCAAGAUAAAUAUUCAUUUUGAGGCGCAUUCAUGUUGCAGGAGCCAUAUGGGGAGAAACAUCUAUUCUGACAAGCAUUCAAUGCACAACAAUUGUUAAUGCAAUCGCGGGAAAACACGUUGGAAAGCACUUUUGGCAAAUUUAUUUUGAAAGCAAUUUUGGCCUUUGUUAAAAAGGGGGGGGGGUCCCCCAGGUUUCCAUUGCUACCGUGCUUAUUUCUCUACACCUUAAAUUGCAGGAGUGGCAUCUUUCAACGAAUGCAGUUACAACCGGAGUUUCAAAAAAUGUUUAGGCGCAGCUGUUUAGCGCUUUAGCGCAACAGUAGCCUAGUGGUUCUGAACUGCCUCAACUCUAUACUUCCUCCUGGCGCUGACUGCUCAAGCCAUUAAUGAACUAUUAGAUAGCCUUAAAAAUUAUAUAUUUUAACACACUGAAAAAAGCGUGGACCAGAAUAAGGCUCUCUCCUCACUAUAUUGUUUUUGCAAUGAGGAAUUAUCAUCUUCAGAAAAGAUAGUAACAGUAUGCAAAUCAGGGAGCCAAAUUAAUGGCUCUUUCACACAUUCGAUUCCCGACGUUCACCAAAAAGAGCCGUUCGUAUAGCGGUUUUCACUACAAUCUCAAAGCGCUUUAAGAAAAAGAAGGAAAAUGAGCGUGAUCAUUCUUUUCUUUUUUUAAUUGCAUGUCUUUUCUUUUUUGAAGUCCUUUGAGAUUGUAUUUGAACUCACAUUUCAUGAUCUGACAUAAUGGUAGGCAAUGUUUUAGGCUUUAAAUUAGAGAUGAACUAUUUUCAUGGUUUUAGGUCAAUUUCUAAGCACUACUGAAUGAAGAGCCAUUAGGGAUCCAAAUGAACGGCACUUUUAGGUGAACAGAUUAUCCAGUUUAUCGAAAAGACUCGGAAUGCCAUCACUAUGCAACAGAGCUCUUGAAGGGGCAAUGGCAUCUUAACAACAACAACAACAUAAUAUAGACCAGGGUUUCCCCAACCCUCUCCUUAGUUGACUAAUUGACCUGAUUCAAUUAGUCAACUAAUCGUCAAGCCUUUGACUAAUGGAAACCGGUGUGCCAGUUUAGGGUUAAAACUAAAAUGUGAAACGCCUGGGGGGGCCCGAGGAGAGGGUUGGGAAACCCUGAUAUAGACCAUGCAUAGGCUAUAUGCAUGUUCCAAUAUAUGUUACAUUUUGACCAAUAUGUUAUUGGGCUCAUUUAAAAUGUAUAUUUUAGAUGGUGUCAGCAUAAUUUUAUUUUCAUUCAUUUUGGAGUAGAUUGGCCUUUUUUAAAGAGCAUCCCCGGGAUGACCUCAGACCCCCUAAGCAAGGGAACUGGAAAUUGUCUCACUGUUUAAUACAUGUACAAAAUUAUCCACUUUCUCUAAAAGGAUGAUGGUCAUGACUUUCUUACAUGAAAGGGGAGGUUAACUUGGCCCUAGACAAUCGAUCUGAGAUCAACUUAAGUUUGUCAUGGGAUUUAUUAAUUUUUUAACCCCUGGACCUACAGCAGUAAGAUGUUAGUAAUAUGUCAUAGACCGCUAACAGUGUACACAACCGUGGGGCAUCUAAUCCAUCUAAAGACAAGCACCAGGCAAAAUAUUUCACUUUGAUUAAUGUAUUGUUGUUCUAUAUGGAGUUUUGGCAUUUUGCAAUCUAGAUGUACUUCAUAAUACUGGACUAUUAAAUACAAUGGUCCGUUUGGAUGCCAAGUCUCCCAGUGGCUAUCCAAAACAAACUGCAACUUGCGAAACCAGUUCUGCUUGACAUCUUGGCCAAAGGGGAGCUGGCUGGUAGAAUAGAAAGCCUAAGUGCCAGACCCACGGCCAGGAGGAAUUACUCACGGCCCUCUUUUGCAAUCUCAUUCCUUGUCCAAAUAAGCUUAUUCCAACCUAAUUAUGGCUUGUACUGCUUAGUGUCAAUAUAUCCAAAUGACGAACGGUUUAUUGUUUAUUGCCACAAUGAUAGUAGGCAGGCUUUAAUAUUCUUACAUUACAGAUUUUUACCGCAUGCAUUUAUUUUGUACAGCCGUGCUGUCCUGUUUAGUUAGUUUUAUUUAUAUGCAUAUGUAUGUGUGUGUGUGUGUGUGUGUGUGUGUGUGUGUGUGUAUGUGUGUAUAUAUAUAUAUAUACACACACACAGUGGGGAGAACAAGUAUUUGAUACACUGCCGAUUUUGCAGGUUUUCCUACUUACAAAGCAUGUAGAGGUCUGUAAUUUUUAUCAUAGGUACACUUCAACUGUGAGAGACGGAAUCUAAAACAAAAAUCCAGAAAAUCACAUUGUAUGAUUUUUAAGUAAUUAAUUUGCAUUUUAUUGCAUGACAUAAGUAUUUGAUACAUCAGAAAAGCAGAACUUAAUAUUUGGUACAGAAACCUUUGUUUGCAAUUACAGAGUUCAUACGUUUCCUGUAGGUCUUGACCAGGUUUGCACACACUGCAGCAGGGAUUUUGGCCCACUCCUCCAUACAGACCUUCUCCAGAUCCUUCAGGUUUCAGGACUGUCGCUGGGCAAUACAGACUUUCAGCUCCCUCCAAAGAUUUUCAAUUGGGUUCAGGUCUGGAGACUGGCUAGGCCACUCCAGGACCUUGAGAUGCUUCUUACGGAGCCACUCCUUAGUUGCCCUGGCUGUGUGUUUCGGGUUGUUGUCAUGCUGGAAGACCCAGCCACGACCCAUCUUCAAUGCUCUUACUGAGGGAAGGAGGUUGUUGGCCAAGAUCUUGCGAUACAUGGCCCCAUCCAUCCUCCCCUCAAUAUGGUCCAGUCGGCCUGUCCCCUUUGCAGAAAAGCAUCCCCAAAGAAUGAUGUUUCCAACUCCAUGCUUCAGGGUUGGGAUGGUGUUCUUGGGGUUGUACUCAUCCUUCUUCUUCCUCCAAACACGGCGAGUGGAGUUUAGACCAAAAAGCUCUAUUUUUGUCUCAUCAGACCACAUGACCUUCUCCCAUUCCUCCUCUGGAUCAUCCAGAUGGUCAUUGGCAAACUUCAGAUGGGCCUGGACAUGCGCUGGCUUGAGCAAGGGAACCUUGCGUGCGCUGCAGGAUUUUAAUCCAUGACGGCGUAGUGUGUUACUAAUGGUUUUCUUUGAGACUGUGGUCCCAGCUCUCUUCAGGUCAUUGACCAGGUCCUGCCGUGUAGUUCUGGGCUGAUCCCUCACCUUCCUCAUGAUCAUUGAUGCCCCACGAGGUGAGAUCUUGCAUGGAGCCCCAGACCGAGGAUGAUUGACCGUCAUCUUGAACUUCUUCCAUUUUCUAAUAAUUGCGCCAACAGUUGUUGCCUUCUCACCAAGCUGCUUGCCUAUUGUCCUGUAGCCCAUCCCAGCCUUGUGCAGGUCUACAAUUGUAUCCCUGAUGUCCUUACACAGCUCUCUGGUCUUGGCCAUUGUGUAGAGGUUGGAGUCUGUUUGAUUGAGUGUGUGGACAGGUGUCUUUUAAACAGGUAACGAGUUCAAACAGGUGCAGUUAAUACAGGUAAUGAGUGGAGAACAGGAGGGCUUCUUAAAGAAAACUAACAGGUCUGUGAGAGCUGGAAUUCUUACUGGUUUGUAGGUGAUCAAAUACUUUUGUCAUGCAAUAAAAUGCAAAUUAAUUACUUAAAAAUCAUACAAUGUGAUUUUCUGGAUUUUUGUUUUAGAUUCCGUCUCUCACAGUUGAAGUGUACCUAUGAUAAAAAUUACAGACCUCUACAUGCUUUGUAAGUAGGAAAACCUGCAAAAUCGGCAGUGUAUCAAAUACUUGUUCUCCCCACUGUAUAUAUAUCACACAUAUACAUACAUACUACCAGUCAAAAGUUUGGACACACCUACUCAUUCAAAGGUUUUUCUUUAUUGUUUACUAUUUUUUACAUUGUAGAAUAAUAGUGAAGACAUCAAAACUAUGAAAUAACACAUAUGGAAUCAUGUAGUAACCAAAAAAGUGUUAAACAGUGUCACCAGCAAAGCACCCCCACACCAUAACACUUCCUCUUCCAUGCUUUAUGGUGGGAAAUACACAUGCGGAAAUCAUCCGUUCACCCACACCGCGUCUCACAAAGAUACAGCGGUUGGAACCAAAAAUCUCCAAAUUGGACUCCAGACCAAAGGACACAUUUCCACCGGUCUAAUGUCCAUUGCUCGUGUUUCUUGGCCCAAGCAAGUCUCUUCUUCUUAUUGGUGUCCUUUUAGUAGUGGUUUCUUUUCAGCUAUUCGACCAUGAAGGCCUGAUUCACAUUGUCUCCUCUGAACAGUUGCUGUUGAGAUGUCUGUUACUUGAACUCUGUGAAGCAUUUAUUUGGGCUGCGAUUUUUGAGGCUGGUAACUUUCAUGAAACUUAUCCUCUGCAGCAGAGGUAACUGUGGGUCUUCCAUUCCUGUGGCAGUCCUCCUGACAGCCAGUUUCAUCAUAGCGUUUGAUGGUUUUUGUGACUGCACUUGAAGAAACUUUCAAAGUUCUUGAAAUGUUCCAUAUUGACUGACCUUCAUGUCUUAAAGUAAUGAUGGACUGUCGUUUCUCUUUGCUUAUUUGAGCUGUUCUUGCCAUAAUAUGGACUUGGCCUUUUACCAAAUAGGGCUAUCUUCUGUAUAACCCCUACCUUGUCACAACACAACUGAUUGGCUCAAACGCAUUAAGAGGGAAAGAAAUUCCACAAAUUAACUAUUAACAAGGCACACCUGUUAAUUGAAAUGCAUUCCAGGUGACUACCUCAUGAAGCUGGUUGAGAGAAUGCCAAGAGAGCGCAAAGCUGUCAUCAAGGCAAAGGGUGGGUAUUUGAAGAAUCUCAAUUUUCUUAUUUUUUUGUCAGGGACAACGUUGUGGGGAAGUACAGAUCAGGGUUGGGUUAUAAAAAAUAUCCCGAAAUUUGAACAUCCCACAGAGCACCAUUUUAAAUCCAUUAUUAAAAAUGUUAGACUAUGGCACCACAACAAACCUGCCAAGAGAGGGCUGCCCACCAAAACUCAUGGACCAGUCAAGGAAGGCAUUAAUCAGAGGCAACAAAGAGACCAAAGAUCAUCCUGAAGGAGCUGCAAAGCUCCACAGCGGAGAUUGGAGUAUCUGUCCAUAGGACCACUUUAAGCCGUACACUCCACAGAGCUGGGCUUUACGGAAGAGUGGCAGAAAAAAGCCUUUGCUUAAAGAUAAGAAUAAGCAAACAGGCAUGUGUUCGCCAAAAGGCAUGUUGGAGACUCCCCAAACAUAUGGAAGAAAGUACUCUGGUCAGAUGAGACUAAAAUUGAGCUUUUUGGCCAUCAAGGAAAACGCUAUGUCUGGCGCAAACCCAACACCUCAUCACCAUCCCCACAGUGAAGCAUGGUGGUGGCAGCAUCAUGCUGUGGGGAUGUUUUUCAUCGGCAGGGACUGGGAAACUCUUAUGAAUUGAAGGAAUGUUGGAUGGCGCUAAAUACAGGGAAAUUCUUGAGGGAAACCUGUUUCAGUCUUCCAGAGAUUUGAGACUGGCUAGGCCACUCCAGGACCUUAAUGUGCUUCUUGAGCCACUCCUUUGUUGCCUUGGCCGUGUGUUUUGGGUCAUUGUCAUACUGGAAUACCCAUCCACGACCCAUUUUCAAUGCCCUGGCUGAGGGAAGGAGGUUCUCACCCAAGAUUUGACGGUAUAUGGCCCCGUCCAUUGUCCCUUUAAUGCUGUUAAGUUGUCCUGUCCCCUUAGCAGAAAAACACCCCCAAAGCAUAAUGUUUCCACCUCCAUGUUUGACGGUGGGGAUGGUGUUCUUGGGGUCAUAGGCAGCAUUCCUCCUCCUGCAAACACGGCGAGUUGAGUUGAUGCCAAAGAGCUCGAUUUUUGGUCUCAUCUGACCACAACACUUUCACCCAGUUCUCCUCUGAAUCAUUCAGAUGUUCAUUGGCAAACUUCAGACGGCCCUGCAUAUGUGGUUUCUUGAGCAGGGGGACCGUGCGGGCGCUGCAGGAUUUCAGUCCUUCACGGCGUAGUGUGUUACGAAUUGUUUUCUUGGUGACUAUGGUCCCAGCUGCCUUGAGAUCAUUGACAAGAUCCUCCCGUGUAGUUCUGGGCUGAUUCCUCACCGUUCUCAUGAUCAUUGCAACUCCACGAGGUGAGAUCUUGCAUGGAGCCCCAGGCUGAGGGAGAUUGACAGUUCUUUUGUGUGUCUUCCAUUUGCGAAUAAUCGCACCAACUGUUGUCACCUUCUCACCAAGCUGCUUGGCGAUGGUCUUCUAGCCCAUUCCAGCCUUGUGUAGGUCUACAAUCUUGUCCCUGACAUCCUUGGAGAGCUCUUUGGUCUUGGCCAUGGUGGAGAGUUUGGAAUCUGAUUGAUUGAUUGCUUCUGUGGACAGGUGUCCUUUAUACAGGUAACAAACUGAGAUUAGGAGCACUCCCUUUAAGAGUGUGCUCCUAAUCUCAGCUCGUUACCUGUAUAAAACACACCUGGGAGCCAGAAAUCUUUCUGAUUGAGAGGGGGUCAAAUACAUAUUUCCCUCAUUAAAAUACUAAUCAAUUUAUAACAUCUAUGACAUUAGUUUUUCUGGAUUGUUUUGUUGUUAUACUGUCUCUCACUGUUGAAAUAAAAAUUAUAGACUGAUCAUUUCUUUGUCAGUGGGCAAACGUACAAAAUCAGCAGGGGAUCAAAUACUUUUUAUAUAUAUAUAUAUAUAUAUAUAUAUAUAUAUAUAUAUAUAUAUAUAUAUAUAUAGAACAAAAAUAUAAACGCGACAAUUUCAAUGAUUUUACUGAGUUACAGUUUAUAUAAGGAAAUCAGUCAAUUGAAAUGAAUUCAUUAGGACCUAAUCUAUGGAUUUCACAUGACUGGGCAGGGGAGGGCAUGGGCCCACCCACUGGUGAGCCAGGCCUAGCCAAUUCGUUUUUCCCCACAAAAGGGCUUUAUUACAGACAGAAGUGCUCCUCUGUUUCAUCAGUUGUCCGGGUGGCUGGUCUCAGACGAUCCCUUCAGGUGAAGAAGCCGGUUGUGGAAGUCCUGGGCUGGCGUGGUUACACGUUGUCUGCGGUUGUGAGGCCAGUUCGAUAUACUGCCAAAUUCUCUAAUACUACGUUGGAUGCGGCUUAUGGUAGAGAAACAAACAUUCACAGCUCUGGAGGGCAUUCCUGCAGUCUGUGGCUUUUAUUGUCCCCAGCACAAGGUGCACCUGUGUAAUGAUCAUGCUGUUUAAUCAGCUUCUUGAUAUGCCACACCUGUCAGGUGGCUGGAUUAUCUUGGCAAAGGAGAAAUACUCACUAACAGGGAUAUAAACAAAUUUGUGCACAACAUUUGAGAGAAAUAAGCUUUUGGUGCAUAUGGAACAUUUCUGGGAUAUUUUAUUUCAGCUCAUGAAACAUGGGACCAACACAUGUUGCGUUUUAUAUUUUUGGUCAGUAGUUAGUGGCCUAUCUAAAGAACUUGGUAAGCUGUCUCAGAAGGACAGCUCUAAAAGAGUAACUUCUGUCUUGGGAUUUCAUUAGGGCACUUAUCCAAAGUCAUUUUCCUCUCCUAUGAACUCCAGUAUCCUCAAAGGGCUCCUAAUCCGUGUCCGGAUCUUUUAUUUCUGAGGCUCCGUAUGCUUAAGUGCACAAAUUCUCACAAUAUCUCGCCGGGAAUUUGGGACUUCACUAAUUUUCUAAUGCAGAAACCGGAUGAGAUAAAGUACAUUUGGAAAGUAUUCAGAACCCUUGACCUUUUCCACAUUUUGUUACGUUACAGCCUUAUUCUAAAAUGGAUUAAAUCGUUUUUUUCCCCUCAUCAAUUUACACACAAUACCCCAUAAUGACUAAUUAAAAACCUUUUUUAUUUUAGCUAAUUUUAAUAAAUAAAUAAAAACUGGAGAGAAAAAAAACAUUACUCAGUACUUUGUUGAAGCACCUUUGGCAGCGAUUACAGCCUCGAGUCUUGUUGGGUAUGAUGCAGAUCCUCUCGAGCUCUGUGAGGUUGGAUGGGGAGCGUCGCUCCACAGCUAUUUUAGGGGCCUGUCAUGUGCCUUUUACUGAGGAGUGGCUUCCGUCUGGCCACUCUACCGUAAAGGCCUGAUUGGUGGAGUGCUGCUGAGAUGGUUGUCCUUCUGGGUUCUCCCAUCUCCACAGAAGAACUCUGGAGCUCUUUCAGAGUGACCAUCGGGUUCUUGGUCACCUCCCUGACCAAGGCCCUUCUUCCCCGAUUGCUCAGUUUGGCCAGGCGGCCAGCUCUUGGAGGAGUCUUGGUGGUUCUAAACUGCUUCCAUUUAAGAAUAAUGUAGGCCACUGUGUUCUUGGGGACCUUCAAUGCUGCAGACAUGUUUUGGUACCCUUCCCCAGAUCUGUGCCUCGAAACAAUCCUGUCUCGGAGCUCUACGGACAAUUCCUUCGACCUCAUGGCUUGAUUUUGCUCUGACAUGCACUGUCAACUGUGCAUGUCAGGUGCAUGUCACAUGCAUGCCUGUGCAUGUCACACACCUGUGCAUAGACAGGUGUGUGCCUUUCCAAAGAAUGUCCAAUCAAUUGAAGUUACCACAGGUGGACUCCAAGUUGUAGAAACAUCUCAAGGUUGAUCAAUGGAAACAGGAUGCACCUGAGCUCAAUUUCGAGUCUCAGCAAAGGGUCUGAAUACUUAUGUAAAUAAGGUAUUUCUGUGUUUUAUUUUUAAUAAAUAUGCAAAGAAAUCUAAAAACCUGUUUCGUGAAAAAAAAUAUUUAAUCCAUUGUAGAAUAAGGCUGUAACGUAACAAACUUGACCUAUUAUGUGCGAGAAAUAAAUAUUCCAAACAGUCUUGGACAUUUGUGGGAUGCGAUAGAUCCCAAAUUAAUACAAACACUAGCAUCAAAAAACUUUUUUUUAUGCAAUGUGGCUGACGCAACAGAUCAGAAUGUUUAACUUUAAAUGUUGAUCAACUAUUAGGCUAUUUCUUCAUAUUAUAUGCGCACAUGGCAGUAGGCUAUAAGCACAAAUGUUCCAUUAGCGGGAAAACACCGUUAUCAAAAAUGAUCGCAAAUGCGAUUAUGCAUGUAAUGUUUUUAUUAUAAAGGUGCAUUUUUAUGGUGAAAAUGAUCUUCCCCAAACUUGAAACUCACGCGCUGCUAAUGUAUGCUAGUUAGGCUCUACACCCCGUGUAAAGCGGAUUAAUGUGCUUCAUUUUAAGAAGUUAUUUGGCCACUUUACAAACCUUAUCAAAACAUAUAGGCCUAUGGGCUAGGCUACAUGAGGUGUGCGACUGAGUCGAAAAAGUCACACAAAAAAAACAUAGCAUUGUUUCUUGCCUUAUGCUGGGCAUCAUUCACAAGUGAUAAUAUAUAAUUCACAAGUGAUGGGCUAAUAUUUUAACCCAUCAGACUAUCUUGAUUUAAUCUCGUCGUUACAUAUACUAAAUAAUAUAUGUGUGAAAUUUGUUUUGAUUUAGAAUGGACCAUUAUCAUGCACCUGUCUCGAAACAGGGGCAGCGGGAAAAAAGUGUCAUCUAUGCACUUAAAUAGCGAAUGGAGGAUGCUUUUCCCGUGGUUGAUUUUCAUGCCAGCCAGAUAGGCUAUACUCCUGUUGUAAAGAUAAGCAAUGUGCUUAAUAUUAGGAAAGUUGAGAAAUAAAUAUAGUAGGCCUAGCCUUUAGAAAUCUGAUGGGAUUCUCCUCUUUUUAAUAGAGGCCAUCACUCUGUUUUCUCGCGUAAUUGCAUAGCCUAUAGAAAUGUUGCGCAACAUGAGGUCAUGCGCUCUCAUGAAGUGUUUUGGUUAGAUUUUCGAUUACAUUUGCAUUGAUGUCAGAGUGAUUAGAGGGACAAAUAGAGUGCUGAGUACCAGGCAGUUAGCAAGUUUGGUAGGCUACUAAUGACCAUCAGCAGCAUCAGAGGUUGGAGAAGCCUAAUUACCGUGACUAAACAGUCACGUGGGAUUUGACUACUUUCAUGACUCGUGACCGCUGGUGUGGCGGUAAUACGGUCACCGCAACAGCCCUAGGUUUUGAGACUACGUAGAGGAUGUUUAUAUCCCAUCACACUUAGUCUUUUGAAUAAAAUCAUCUGGGUUUGGGUUUAGACAGGGUCUCCUGAAUUUAUACAUUUGAGUUCUGAUCUUUAACAUAAUUGUGGUCAAUGAUUUGGUUGGGAGUUAAAGGAAUGCUUUAAACUGCAGGCAGAGACAUACAAAUGGUAUCCACGAGUUCAUCUGACUCUGGGGAAGUAGAGAAAGGACUUCAUUGACAAAAUCCCGAAGUAUUCCUUUAACCAGACUGAUGAUCACACUUGGUCUUUGUUGGUCUUGCCUGCUCCCCCUCUUAGAUAUAAUACUCUAUAUACCAUACCCAGGGGCGCAGCUUUCGUUUUAGAAGUGGGGGGGGGGGGGGCAUUAUUUUAUUUGUUUAUUUAUCCAGUCGGAUAAACACUCCAAACAGCCUACCCGACUGCUCGGAGGUGUCCGCAUGGUCCUAAAGCACACCGUUGCCUCUUUUUGUAUCACAUUCCAAUGAUGAAACUGUCCCACACCGUCCCCAGUGAAAGUUGCGCCCCUGACCAUACCACUAAUCCUUGCCACAAUGUUUUAAUUAAAAUUGGGGAGAAAACAACUAGAUGUUCAAUCAAUAGACUGAUUAAACUGACCUCUUCCUCUCUGUAAUGUUUACAUACCACUUUGGAUAGAACGUAGUUAUUCUCUGUGCUAACUAAAUUAUUUUAAAUCAAUGCAAUGUUAUUUGUUUUCAGACUGUCAGUCGCCACUUCCGGAAUAUCCCAGUGAACGAGAAGGAGACUCUCACAUACUUUAUUUAUAUGGUGAAGAGCAGCAAAAGCCGACUGGACCAGAAAUCGGAGGGCAGCAAACAGCUGGAAUAA